AUGUUACGAUGUUUUUAUUUAGUAGAUAACACCAAGACUGGUGUUUUAUUUGUCACUGGCCCUAUUUAUACCCCUUAUAUGGGUUACGCCCAUAUAACAAUUGCGGAGUUAAAUGAUGUGACCAUAAUAAUACUACCAACAAUAUUAUUAUGUAAUCAAUGUGAUGAAAUAUUAAAAAAAAGUAAUGUUAAUCACUGUAUUAUCAAUUCAGAAAGCAGUAAAGAAGAUAAAAGAGAAAUAUUAAAAUUAGCAAUUGAAAAUACUUCUAAAUUUAGUAAUCAAUAUAAUUGUAUAAUAUGUACACCAGAUUCAUUUAUCUCUGACUAUUGCCGAAAUAUCAUCAGUUGUAUUUAUAAGCAUGAUCAUCUAAAAAGAAUAAUUAUAGAUGAAAGUCAUUUAGUACUACAUCAUGGCCUAUCCUUUAGGCCAAAUUUCAUGAAAUUAUUAUCAUAUUUACAUACACUUAAGGGAACUCAAAUAUUAUACUCAUCUGCAACAUUAUCUCCAAAUAAAGCCGUAAGUGCCAAGAAUGGAACUUUUGGUGGCCAACGACUUUCUUUUGGUAAGAAUCUACACAUGGCUUACCUAUGGUUGUGUAAAACUUCGGUAACCUCAAUAAUGAGUCAAUGUGGACACAGUAGUGCAACUGUUUGCUCAUUUUUGAGCUAUUUCUGCUAA